CAUUCCGAAGCAGGGGGUGGCGGUAAUGCACGUUUAACGCUGAUUGUCAACCACCAUUUAAAAUCAAAAGAAGAACUGUAUCGGCCAGCCACAACCCUCCCGUCUGCUGCAGGACCAAAAUAGACAGUUGAGCAGCUGACAUCAACCAGAAAUGGCUGCCACCGGAGUCCUUCCCUUUAUAAGGGGGGUAGACCUGAGUGGAAACGACUUCAAAGGUGGAUACUUCCCGGAGCAUGUCAAGUGUAUGAGCAGUCUGCGAUGGCUGAAACUGAACCGGACAGGGCUGUGUUACCUCCCGGAGGAGCUGGCGUCUCUGCAGAAGCUGGAGCAUCUUUCAGUGAGUCACAACAGCCUGACCACCUUACAUGGAGAGCUGUCCAGCUUACCAAACCUGCGGGCGGUGGUAGCCAGAGCCAACAACCUGAAAAACUCUGGAGUCCCAGAUGACAUCUUUCAGCUGGAUGACCUCUCUGUGCUGGACCUGAGCUACAAUCAGCUGACAGAGAUCCCCAGGGAUCUGGAGAACAGCAGGAACAUGCUGGUGUUGAAUCUGAGCCACAACAGCAUAGACUCCAUCCCCAACCAGCUGUUCAUCAACCUGACAGACCUGCUGUAUCUGGACCUGAGUGACAACAAGCUGGACAGCCUGCCGCCCCAGAUGAGACGCCUGGUUCACCUGCAGACACUCAUACUGAACAACAACCCGCUGAUGCACGCACAGCUGCGCCAGCUGCCAGCCAUGGUGGCAUUACAAACUCUCCACCUGAGGAACACCCAGAGGAUCCAGAACAACAUGCCCACCAGCCUGGAGGGAUUGACACAUUUAGCAGAUGUUGACCUGUCAUGUAACGACCUGACGCGGGUGCCAGAAUGCCUCUAUUCACUGGGCAGUUUGAAGAGACUCAACCUGAGCAGUAAUCAGAUCUCAGAACUGUCCCUCUGCAUUGACCAGUGGACUCAUAUGGAGACACUUAACCUGAGCCGCAACCAGCUAACCUCGCUGCCUUCUGCAAUCUGUAAGCUGUCCAAACUGAAGAAGCUGUAUGUAAACUCCAACAAACUGGACUUUGACGGGGUUCCACCAGGUGUUGGCAAACUGUCCAACCUCACUGAGUUCAUGGCCGCUAACAACAAUUUGGAACUAAUCCCUGAGGGUCUCUGCAGGUGUGGCAAGCUGAAAAAGCUGGUGCUGAAUAAAAACCGCCUGGUAACACUGCCUGAGGCCAUCCACUUCUUGACUGAUUUAGAGGUUCUUGAUGUGCGUGAGAACCCUAACCUGGUGAUGCCUCCUAAACCAGUGGACAGAGCAGCAGAGUGGUACAACAUUGACUUCUCCCUGCAGAACCAACUCCGGCUGGCCGGGGCUUCACCUGCUACUGUGGCUGCUGCCGGAGGAGGAGCCAGCCCACGAGAUCCCCUGGCUAGGAAGAUGAGGUUAAGGAGGAGGAAGGACUGUUCUCAGGACGAUCAGGCCAAACAGGUGCUGAAGGGCAUGAGUGAUGUCGCACAAGAGAAGAAGAACUUGGAGGAGAAUGGGGAUUUGAAAUAUGGUGAUUUAAAGAUCCGGCGCUGGGACAAGAGUUUAGAGAAACCUCAGUUAGACUACUCGGAGUACUAUAUGGAGGACGUUGGACAGGUUCCAGGUGUAACAGUGUGGCAGAUAGAGAACUUUGUUCCCCUACAAGUGGAUGAAACCUUCCAUGGCAAGUUCUAUGAGGCCGAUUGCUACAUCAUCCUUAAGACCUUCCUGGAUGACAAUGGCUCAUUGAACUGGCAGAUCUUCUACUGGAUUGGUCAGGAUGCCACUCUGGACAAGAAGGCCGGCUCUGCCAUCCAUGCUGUCAACCUCAGGAAUUUCCUUGGAGCAGAGUGCAGGACAAUACGGGAAGAAAUGGGAGACGAGAGUGAGGAGUUCAGUGCUGUGUUUAACAAUGAGAUCUCCUACAUAGAGGGGGGAACAGCCAGCGGAUUCUACACAGUGGAGGACACACACUACUCUGUCAGGUUGUACAGAGUUUACGGAAAGAAAAACAUCAGACUUGAGUCUGUACCUGUGAAAGCCUCCUCCCUCGACCCUCGCUAUGUCUUCCUGUUGGACACAGGUCUGGAAAUCUUUGUGUGGAGAGGAGCCAAUGCUACCCUCAGCAGCACCACAAAGGCCAGAUUAUUUGCAGAAAAGAUCAAUAAGAAUGAGCGUAAAGGGAAGGCAGACAUCAUAACACUCGUACAGAACCAGGAGCCCCCGGGUUUCUGGGAGGUGCUAGGAGGACAGCCAGAGGAGAUCAAGAAACACGUACCAGAUGACUUCUCUCCUGUCAGACCCAAACUCUACAAGGUGGGCUUGGGUCUGGGCUACCUGGAGCUGCCACAGAUCAACUACAAGCUGUCAGUGGAACACAAAGACCAUAAGAUCAAACUGGACACCCUGCCAGAGCUGAGACUGCUUCAGUCCCUGCUAGACACGAAGUGCGUGUACAUCCUGGACUGCUGGUCUGAUGUGUUCAUCUGGAUAGGCAGGAAGUCUCCACGUCUCGUCCGAGCUGCUGCCUUAAAACUGGGUCAGGAGAUCUGCUCCAUGCUGCACCGACCCAAACACGCUUGUGUCACCCGCAACCUGGAGGGCACAGAGUGUCAGGUUUUUAAGUCCAAGUUUAAGAACUGGGAUGACGUGUUAAAGGUGGACUACACAAGAGCAGCUGAGACUGUACAACAAACAGACAACCUACAGGGCAAGGUGAAGAAGGAUGCACAGCAGAAAGACCAGAUGAAAGCUGACCUCACAGCUCUCUUCCUUCCCAGGCAGCCAGCCAUGCCCCUCACUGAGGCUGAACAGCUGAUGGAGGAGUGGAACGAGGACCUGGAUGGCAUGGAAGGAUUUGUGUUGGAGGGAAAGAAGUUUGCUCGCCUGCCAGAGGAGGAGUUCGGUCACUUCCACACCCAGGACUGCUACGUCUUCCUCUGCAGAUACUGGGUGCCUGUGGAGUACGAAGACGAGGAGAAGGAGAAGAAGGAGGGCGAAGGUGGUGAAGGAGGAGCAGCGGAGGAGGAGGACAAACAGCCUGAGGAGGACUUCCAGUGUGUUGUGUACUUCUGGCAGGGCAGGGAGGCGUCCAACAUGGGCUGGCUCACUUUCACCUUCUCCCUGCAGAAGAAGUUUGAGAGUCUUUUCCCUGGAAAACUGAAGGUGGUACGUAUGACCCAGCAGCAGGAGAACCUCAAGUUCCUGUCCCAUUUCAAGAGGAAGUUCAUCAUCCACAAAGGGAAGAGGAAACAGAAAACUGAUGCUGCUCAGCCUUCCCUCUACCACAUACGCACCAAUGGCAGCGCACUUUGCACCAGGACCAUCCAGAUUGGAACAGAUUCCAGUAAUCUCAACUCAGAGUUUUGCUUCAUCCUCAAGGUACCAUUUGAGAGCACAGACAAUCAGGGCAUCGUUUACACCUGGGUGGGCAGAGCUGCUGACCCUGAUGAGGCCAAACUGGCUGAGGACAUCAUGAACUCCAUGUUCGAUGACACAUACAGCAAACAGGUAAUUAAUGAGGGGGAGGAGCCAGAGAACUUCUUCUGGGUGGGGAUUGGUUCUCAGAAGCAGUACGAUGAAGAUGCGGAUUAUAUGAAACAUGCUCGCCUCUUCAGGUGCUCGAAUGAGAAGGGUUAUUUCUCUGUGUCGGAGAAGUGCUCAGACUUCUGCCAGGACGACUUGGCUGAUGAUGACAUCAUGUUGCUGGACAACGGCAAAGAGGUGUACAUGUGGGUCGGUACUCAGACCAGCCAGGUGGAGAUCAAACUUAGUCUCAAAGCCUGCCAGGUUUACAUACAGCACAUGCGCUCCAAAGACGCCGAACACCCGAGGAAGCUGCGUCUGGUGCGGAAAGGAAACGAACCCCACUGCUUCACACGCUGCUUCCACGCCUGGGGGGCUUUCAAAACUCCCCCCUCAUAGAUGAACACGCACAGAAACACUUCACUAAAACAUCAAAUGUAGUCGUUGCCAUGUAAUUUUCUACCAGUAAGAUGAUGAUGUCUAUCUCUAGCUUUACCUGAGCUCUGAUACCCUCCCUCCAUCCUGCUCAGCGCUGCUGUUCAUCAGUGUGUUACUGUCAGUCUGCCUACAAAAAAAACAGAAGAAAUCUGGACAGGUUUAAGUUGAUCACAACAUCCCAAUCAGUGAGAUUUCUUCUGGUCAAGGAGCUGUUAGCGGUGUCUUCUCAAUCAGCAAAAUAUCACUUUUUUUUUUUUUUAAACAGCCAGUCUGAAUCUUGUUAAAUGAAAGAAAAAUAUGUUUUGAGAUAAAAUAGGUCUAAGGUGUACAGAGACUUUCUAAAAAGCCAAAGGGAGCUGAAUCCCCUGGCGUAUCCAUCUGUCCCGCUGCCUUCACUUGGCUUGCGCUGCAUGGUCAGCAGUUUUCAGUGGAGGAGGGUGAGGUGAUCGCUACAGGGGUCACUCCUCCAUGCCUCGUGCCAUUUUGCGUAGCUCAUUUGAAGCAGUUUAAGACAGGUAAAAGUUUGUAACUUUCUGUUUUCGACAUUGAGGGACUGAGCACAAAACAGCACUAUAAUAGUUUCUCUUAAGAAUGUUGGUUUAUACGUAUAUUUUUGUGUCGUGUGGAUUAUACAUGGUAUGUUUGUGUGUUUGCCCCUUGCACCUUGAUUCAAAUGGGGACUGCUCAUUUCCUGCAGUCUGUUUGGUUGCCGUUCUCACCUCCUCUAACGUGGCCACUGAUAUUUUUAGCAUGGCAUCUGCUUCAGUCGACACGAAAAUCAGAUUUUGUUUAAAACACUUUGACAGCAACAUGCUUUGCUGUGUGAAAGUUUAACAGUUACACAUAUUUGGCCAAAGAACUCUUGAGUGGAGGGCGGGGUGCAAGUUACACAUUGUGAGAUAAGAGUCUAGUUUUAUGUUUAAAGCUGCAAUCAGCAGAGCCCGCAAGAUACUGAAACUAAAUUAAACUGUAUUCUUCUUUGUUACAGGCUGUAUCCAACUUGUCAUUUUUGUUUAAUUUGUUGCUUCUCUGGAGCAGAGAAGAAAAGCUGAAGAGUUUGUUUCCAAAAUGUAAUCAUUUUUGAAAAGGUAAAUGAGUGUUGUUUAAAAUUCUGCGUGUUAAAGAAUUAGACAUUUUAGUCAGAAUUUUGUUGACUUUAAAGUGUUGCCUUCUAAAUAUGUCUCUCCUUUUGGAACAAACUAAAUUCUUCAUUUGCAAAUUUUAAUCGGAGAUCUUUUGCACCAUAUGAGACUUAUUUUAAUAGAUAAAAAUAAAUAAAAAAUAUAUAUCUUAAUAAAAAAGUGACUGGUUCCACUGAUCUUAAAUCAGUAGUUUGCAAGGUGAACAGAUGAGUUCUAAUUGGUUUAACGAGUUCUAGAUCAGUGCCUUCAGGGUGUUACAGAACGGCUGCAGUGGUUCUUGUGAUCAUGUGACCUGUGUAGUAUGCAGGCAUUGGUCCAAGACAUCUGUGUAUUCUCAAAUGGCUGCAACUUCCAUCAUUUUCUUUCUACUAUAUUUUGUGGGGUGAAUUGUGUGCCUGGUUGUUUGUUUGAGUCCUGCACACACACUUGUGUGUAUAUGAAUAUGUGCACAAGCUCCUGAUGCCACCUGCAGAUGCUUUAUUUAUGUAUUUUAUACAAAAAUAAAAUCUCACAUCACA